GCCUUUUGCGCGUUAAAGUCAACUCGCACCUUCAUUCAGCUGAAUUAUGUACCGAGACACAUGGACGAGUUGUUUCUGUGAACUCAUGGAUAAUUCAGGUCCUCACUGAAGGAGCACUCGGUGGAGGGUUACCCCGGUGAAAUCGUUUUAAAGUCAAGAUACUUGAAGCGGUGUAGCUGCUAGGGUCUAGAGGAGAUGCCACUGAGGUUCCGGUCCUUUGUUCCGUAUACGCUUCCUGGAGUGCUAGCGCUCAUAGGCUGGUGGUGGUACAUCUCCCGCAAGAAAGAGCGAAUCACCAGCCGGGACAGUGAGGAGGGGUCAGUUAUGGGCUUGCGGACCUCCUCUGGCGAGGGCAGCAAUGGGCUGGUCGACAAGAGCUGCCCCACAGCCAGCAGCACACACCGUAGAACCAGCCGUGACAGAGUCAAGGCCAAAGAGCACAGACCUGUUGAGCAGGAAGUUGUAGCGGAGAUUCACACACCAGUGCUAAAAGCCACUGCAGGAGAGGUUCUUGGCGCCCCUCCAGUUGUCUUGGCAAGUGGACAGCUAAGCACUCCUCAGAGCAGUGCAAAAUCAUUUCCCCCACAAAGCCACCCAGAGACCACCAGGCAGACGACUCCUGUGUCAUCUUCAACCCCAACAAAAACAGUGGAGGAGAGCCCUAAUCACAAAGAACCAGAGGCCGCCACUGACACCAAACCUUCAAAUCAGUUUCCGCCAGAUCUAGCAAGUGCUGCUUCAAUCAAGAAGCAAGUCGAAAACCAACCACUAAUUAGGCAGCGUCCCGCAGAGCUAGCCAAAGCAGAGCGGCCUGAACCUGAGGGAGAGGUGGCCACUGAAACCUCGGCACCGACAUGCGCUCAGAAUCUGCCAGCUGACAUUUCAAAAGAUGAGCUGGCCUCCGUUGCGUUGUCAACGGAAGGCGAGGCUGUCUUGCUGGAGACCUGCAGCCCAAAAACACCUCUGACUCUGACCUCGUUCCCCAACUCCACCAGUACACCCCUCUCGGAAAGAUCAACUGAGCCCCAGCACCAUGAAAACGGAGACCUGGGCCUGCCGGUUGAGACCAGUCCAGACAUGCAGGAGCUCCAGCGCCUCGCGGCGGGGCUGAUCUCUGAGGUCAUCUCAGCAGCCACCCAGGAGGUCAUGGCGGUCAGCAGCUGUGAGUCCUGGUACAGCAAGGGCUCUGAAGCUCCUGACAGCAGCACGCCGGCUGUAAAUGGUAAGGAAGUAGAGUUGUGUGUACCUCCUGAAAGUACGGAAAGUGAAGAGUCUCGGGCCGCACAGAAAGCGGAAGAGAUUGUCAAUGGUUGUCUGGCACCUUCGCUCUGGAAGAUGCCAGAGAAUGAGAAGGAAAAAGGCUUGUUGACUGUGCCGUCUGGGGAACAGUUGGAGUCAACGCCAGUUCUGGCCAAGCUGCAGGCGGAGGAAGCUCUGGUUGAAGACUCGGGAUGUAGCACUUGCCAAUCCGAGGAUGGCGUCAGCAGUGAGGACCUCCAUAGCACGGGAUUGUCCUCGACAGUUUCUGAAAGCAAGGAGGACCUCAUUCAAAUUUCAGGGACUUGUAGGGCCUCAGAGGGUCAUGGAGAUGGACUGCAGGAGAGUCUUGUUCUAAUUGCUCCUCAGGAGUCUCCGCUUACUGCAGAAAAUGUUGCUACGGUUUGCGAAGCAGCACGGUUGAAUGGAACAGGCCUCAGGAAUGGCGCCGCUAGCGAGGUAGAAGCUGACCAAUCAGGAGGUUCAGAUGUGAAUAGCAUGGAUUCAGUGGACAGCUGUUCCACCUUGGGGGUGGGAGACGGCCAGCCGAGUGGCAGCCAGACCUGUCAAUCACAGAGCUCAGAUCUUAUUGUGUGGGAGAUUGAGGUGCCAAAGCAUCUAGUGGGACGGCUAAUCGGCAAACAAGGGAGAUAUGUGAGCUUCCUGAAGCAGAGCUCUGGUGCUAAGAUCUACAUUUCAACCCUGCCUUACACUCAAGAGUUUCAGAUCUGCCAUAUAGAGGGAAGCCAGCAGCAGGUAGAUAAGGCGCUGGCCUUGAUUGGGAAGAAGUUUAAAGACUUGGACCUGACCAACUUGUACGCCCCACCGCCCCCACCACUAACGCUGCCCUCUCUGCCCAUGACUUCCUGGCUUCUGUUGCCCAGUGGGGUGACAGUGGAGGUGAUCGUGGUGAACAUUGUAUCAGCCGGUCACCUGUUUGUCCAGCAACACACUCACCCUACGUACCACGCACUGCGCAGUCUGGACCAGCAGAUGUUUCUGUGCUAUUCACAGCCCGGCACUCCCCCAUUGCCAUCACCUGUUGAAGUUGGAGUGAUUUGUGCGGCCCCUGCUGUUGAUGGAGCCUGGUGGCGAGCGCAGGUCAUCUCCUUCUACAAAGAUUCAACCGAAGUGGAAAUUCGAUAUGUUGAUUAUGGAGGCUACGACAGAGUCAAAAUUGAAACGCUUCGACAGAUCAGAUCGGACUUUGUGACAUUACCGUUCCAAGGAACAGAAGUGUUAUUAGACAACAUUGCCCCACUUCCAGGAGAGGAUCGGUUCUCAGCAGAGGCCAAUUCUGCGCUGGAGGAGAUGACAAGAGGGGUUCCAUUGCUGGCACAAGUCACCAACUACGACAAUAACACAGGACUUCCUUUAGUACACAUGUGGAACAUGGUGGGAGAGGAGCUGGUCCUGCUCAACCGCACUUUGGCAGAGCGAAGUUAUGGCACCUGGGUGGACAGUUUCUGAUCCUCCAGAGAUCCCUCGCUCUCCUCUCCUCACUCACCUCAUGGCCCACCUGCCCCUUAAUUAUCAUCACUCAUCAUGAAUAUCAGCAGGUUCUGUCCUCCUCACCCACCGUGUCCACCACCACCUCCUACAUGAAGUGCGCAUCACUGGCUCUGGGAGUUUCUUUUUUCGGUUCGCUGUCCCCUCCGUCCUGCCUUUUUCUAUUUUCAUUUUUUUUCUUUCUAUCCCCUUACGUAAGAAAUCAAUGUACUGUAUGAAAGAGAAAAAAACGAAGAGGGAGCUAAGCGUCAAUGACUGAACCACCAACAAGGACUGAAGUUUUCUUGACUGUGCUCCUGUACAUUUAAAUAUUGUAACUAAAUAAAGGUUAAUCAUGUUUUCCGUCCGAUCAGACUCCUUCCAGCACAAAAAAACAGACUGUGGAUUAUCAUGCCGUGGAUGAAAAAUCUGUAGUGAUAAGAAAAAAGUACAUUUGUGAAGAUAA